AUGGCCGUUGGAAACAACUAUUUUUGUCUUUUUGUUUCUCAGCUCCUGCAUCAUGAGACUCACGUUUCGGCCGCAAAGCCACAAUCCGUACCCGUGCGCCUUAUUCGUCGAAUGGAACAGCCGCAGAAAUGA